CAUUUAAUGAGUGUGGCCAAGGAUGGUGAAAGGGUUGGUUGAUAACAAAGAGAGAGACACACACAUCCACAGAGAUGCAACACAGACGGAUAGACACACAGACAGCCACGGACGUCUCACAGUCCAUCCGCCAAGGCAUUCAAGUAAUUGACCACAGACAGGCAGGCAGGCAUACAGAAGGUAUGCGCCUCACUCAGGGACGCUCCCGUGACUGACUGACUGACUGACUGAGUGAGUGGAUGGACACCUGCUGGCUGCACAUCCACCCACCCACACACACAUACAGGGCGGGAGAAAAGCCCCCGUCCGUCCGUCCGUCCGUCCGUCCGUCCGUCCACCCCUCUUCAGCCACUGGCUGACUCCAUGACGCACGAGCCUAUCUGCCGCCCAUUGCAACCGACACGUUCAGUCCAUCCCCCUCUGUCUGUCUGUCUGUCUGGCACGACCUUGAUGCACUCAUCCACUCACUCAUUUACUCACUCAGCGGUCUGUGCGGCGAGCCGCCUCCUCUCCUUGAGGACGAACUCGUGUGUCAUCUCGCCGUUGUUCUUCAUGACUUUGUUGUAUAAGUCACGGUGGGUCUCGAACAGCUCAACCGACGGCAGCGGCACAUCGCCAUCACCCACACCACCGCCCACACUCGACGGUGACGCCGCAUCAGACAAAUGGCCCCCUGAUGAUGUGCCCAGAGGGGCUGCAGCUGGCGAAGUAGCGCCGGUGGGCUGGCUGGUGCUGGUGGGCCAUCCGCCACCCUGGAGUGCCCUGACCCAAUUGACCAGCUGUGGGUCAUCCGUACUGCAGCGCGUCACGCGGCGGUAGCGGGCCAUGGCGUCGCGAUGCCGCCCGACGUCCGGCACCCACCGAGUGAGGUACUCGCCCUUGCUGGCCAUGCGGUUGACCUGGCUCGAGAAAUGCUGCGAGUUCUGAAGCAACACACACACACACAGGUAGUGUGUGUGGUACUUGACAGACUGAGUGUCCCGGUCAAUAAACCGACCCACCUGGUUGAUUUCGUCCCUGAUGCGGAGGAAUGGACUCUGUGAUCGGAUGAUUUUGUUCUUGUGGUCCUUCUUCCAGCUGUCGGGCCACUCGAUGACGUCCAUCAAGCGGAAGUACACCUGCACAGACAGACAGACAAACAUCCAUCCACACACACAAGCUAGCUGGCACAAACGAACAAGGGAGAGAUCAUGCACCUCCCCUCCCCAUCUCUCUCGCUGUCUCUCUCUUGGUGUGUGUGUAUUGAGGGAGGCACCGCACCGACCACAACGAUUUUGCAGUACUCGUCGAACAGCUGGUCCUCAGGCGGCUGACUGCACGACAGACACAGUAGACACAACACAAGAGCGACACAUACAUUCUCAGCCAUGGCCUCUCUCCUUCCCCCCCUCCCACGAUCGCUCUCAGUGUUACUUACGUGCUGAGCAUUUCGAAUGUGCAGUGGAUGACGAUGCUGAGCGCCAAAGUGACCUCCGUCUGCCGGUACUCGUCAUGCGCAGGGGUCUCCUGCUGCUGCUGCUGGUGCUGGGCCGGGGUGCGUUUGAGCCCCUCCAGACAGGUGGCCCACAGGCAGGCCAGCAUGGUGGCCCCGUCGUAGCACUGCCCGUUGACAAUCAACUCGUAGGCCAUCUUGGCCAUGUUGGCCGUGAAGAGCACGCCGCGGAACAUGCCGUAGAAGUCACGCUCCAGCUCGGCAAGGGUGGGUGGCUGCUGGGCAUAGCCGCGGUGCAGCUGGGCCCGCCGAGUGCUGCUGGCAACCACAAUGGGGCUCUCGUCGGGAAACCUCUGCGGAACGGCCCGCUUCACCUGGUCCUGCAGACAGACACACAUCCAGAGCCGGAUGGGCCCAUGGCUGGGUGGGUGGAAUCAUGUGUGCGACUGUGCGUGCAUUAUAGACAGACAGGCGAACCGACCUCCGUCUCCAGUAAGACGCUGUUGUCGCCGUGGGGGUCGAGGCUGACGAUGACGGUUGUGAGCAGGUGGGUGAGCUCGUCGGGCUUGCCGGCCUCCUGCGGACGGAGGAGCGCCCUGAUCUCGGGGUGCUGAUGCAGCGCCUGAUCCACCUGCUGCCGCAGCAAGUGACGGUCCAGCGUCCACGCCGCCAAGCUCCUGUGGAUGGCCAUCCAUAGGUGAAUGGCUGUCUGUCUGUCUGUCUGUUCGGGUGUGUGUGUGGGUUGGUUGCGUACAGGGUCGGCUGCUGAAUGGUGCGUGCAAGUGGCCAGUGGUAGGCGACGAAGAGGUAGAUGAAGCACUCGAGGCUGCGCAGCCGGGGGUCGUGUGCCUGGUCUUUGAGAUUCUGCGCGUUGAGGGCGUUGGGCUGCCAGUGCCGCAGCAUCAGGUAGCAGUCACCACCCUCCUCGGAAAACUCGUGCCGACGCUGGGCGAACGCCUAUUCGUUCGUUCGUUCGGGGGACAGACAGACAGACAGACGGACGGACAGGUGUCUGUGGGCGUGUUGAGUGCGUGGCUGCGUGCGUGGCUUUGGCUUACGAUGUAGAUCUCGUUGGCUUUGGCGAGUAUUUUGUUCUUCCGCUCCUGCUCCUGCCAGUCGUCCUUCUCGCGCUGGAAGGCCUGAUGUGGUGGAUGGACACACGGAUCCAUCAGGGCAGUCUGUCUGUGUGUCUGUCUGUGUGUGUGUACCAGGUGGUCCUUCUCGAUCUCGUCAACGAGUGAGUGCGGGAGCUGCCGCUUGAGGUAGUCCACAAUCAGACCCCGAUACUCACGCGCGUCGCUCGCCACCACAUCCUGCUCCACCUCCACCUCCCCAUCCGCACCCUCCCCACCGCCACCGCCAUGCUGGUUGUCGUCAUCCUCCUCCACCGGCCCGCCCUCAUCUUCAAAGUCCAGCUCGCUCCCAUUCCCCUGACCCCCGUCCAUGUCGGCGUCUCUCGCCGUCGGGUUGAGGUCCAUCUGUGGCGGCGACAUUGCCGUCCCCGAUGCGCGCGGCUCGAUGGGCGGGCUGGACACGGUGUCCAUCGGGGUGGGGGCGGAGGGGUCUGAUCUGCGAAGGGGGGAGGGGGAGGCGGCCGUCUCCUGCUUCUCCUGCUCCUGCUGCUCUUGCUGCUGCUGCAGCAGUUGUGUGUUGUGUGUGGGUCCCCCGAAGAUGAUGUGGAGGUUGUUGAUGCAUCGGACGGCGUAGAAGUGGUCGACGUAGACGGCGACGUAGGCGUUGGUGUACUCGGAGGGGCCGGUGGUGCCGUCGGCCGACUUGGUGCCCUGCGCGUGCAGCAUCACCUGAUCGGUCAGUCAAAGGUGGAUGGAUCGAUGCAUCGGGUGGGUUCUGUUGUGUCGCUUUCUUUGUGUUGUGCGGCGGUGCGGUCCGGUUCUUUGGUGUGUGGUGGUGGUGGCUGACCUCUUCUUGUGGUACGACGGAGACGUUGGAGUCGUUGAACUUGUACCAGGUGCCCUGCAGGAGGUCACGCAGGUACGCCCAGUAGUGACCUGCACACACACACCCAAUGGAACCACACACGCCCGUCAAGGAAGCCCACUCUCUCUUUUUCUCUCUCUCUCUGCGCGCGCGUGUGUGUGUGUGUGUGUGCGUGUCCAUUGCUGUGCCUACUGCUCACACACCUGAUCCAGCCACGCCCUGCCGACACGCCAUCACACAAAAGUAAGGCACACCGAAGGUCCUGGUGCGUGUCUUGUUUGUUACCUGGUGGAUCCAGAGCGCGUGCAGGUAGUAGGGGUGGUCAUUCAGGUGCGCAAAGGCCUUCUCGAUGUUCCGCCCCAGCGUGUUGGCCCGCCCCUCCAGCUCGCGCCGCUGACCCUCCAGCACACUAGCUGUCGCACGGAUCUUCUCAACCAAACCGUCAACCACACCGCCACCGCCGCCCAGCCACGCGCCAUAGUCGACAGCUGCCGUCGGAGUCGCCAGAGGCGGAUGGAUGGCAGCCGGAUCGGUCAGCAAGGCUGCCGGCUCGACGCCGCCGUGGUGCUCUCUGUCGUCAGCGGCUGCCUGGGAGGGAAUGGACUCGUUGCUGGCGACGCGAGAGUGGGUGUGGGUGUGGGUCAAUUGGGUGUGGGUGGAGGGCAGGGCGAGGCCGGCAGUUGCGUUUCGCCUUUGUGUGGCAUCCUUGACUUGUUCGAAGAAUGUGGCAGUGAGACGGAGGAUGGUGUCGAUGGCGGGAUUGGCCGGCUCGCUGAAGUGGUUGUACCGCUGCAUCGUGCUCUCCAGCUGACAUCCAUCCACCCACCCACCCACCCACACAAAGGCUUGUGUGUGGGCCGGUGCGAUCUCGUGUGUGUGUGUGUGUGUGUUUCGCUCUCCUCUCCUGGCCUCGACUUACUGACCAUGGCUUUCUGCUCCUUGAGUUUGGCGCAUGCCUUUCUGACGCGGAGUGCCUCGGCUCUGUUUGAGUACAUGAAUCGGUCGACGAAGAUGUGGCUGUCGAAGUGGAACACGUCGUUGAGUUUAAUCUGCCGCUCCGUCGUGUGGUCGAACACCACCCGAUGCAGCUGGAAGAACAGCAGAUUCGGCUUCCGCUUCAACCACCACUCAGUCCGUGCCUGUGCCAACCACACACACACACACACACACACACAGAGAGAGAGAGAGAGAGAGAAAGAGCCCAAGACGGUCGAAAUGACACACAGAGAGGAAAGGAGAGAGCGUGGCGUGGCGUCAUGUCCGCAGUGAGUGACCUGGAUGGUCAACCCUCCGUCGGGCAUUUUGUAUUCGACGUCGUUGAAGUUUUGGCUCUCCCAGCCGCUGUAGACGUCCUGGUUCUUGAGGUCCAGGAAGACCUGCUGGAACUCCCGCUUCUCGUGCUCCUCCUCAUGCGUACGUGUCCGAUCCAAACCUCCACCACCUCCACCGCCUCCACCAAGACCUCCAGCACUCGCCCCCUGCUGCUGCUGCUGCUGCUGCUGCCUCUCACAGCUGCCGCCCACACCAGAAUCGGCCGAUACUGCCGCCGCAGCGUCAGCCAUGGUGGCCAUGGCCCCCGUGGUCUCGCCGGUGUCCAUGACGUCGGACUCUCUGCGGCUGGCGGGCGAGAUGCCUGUGGGUGGUGGGACUGUGAUUGGCGGGGGCAGUGGGGGGUGGGAUGGCGACGAGUGUUUGCUGGAGGGGCGCGUGCGGCGGACCAGGGGCGUGCGGGACGACGCUGGCGCGUUGCCGGGGAUCGUCAAAAACUGACCCACACACAGACACAGACACAAGACACAGGAGCGAAAUAAGGGAGAAUGGACACGGCGGGAUGAGUGCUGUUAGUUCUGGAGGUUCUCUCCCACCCACCUGGACGCCCUCUCCGAAGAAGACCUGUUUGAGCACCCUGAUGCCCAGAUCACCCGCCGCCUCACUCUCACCCACCACCUGAUCCUCCUGCUGCUGAUGCUGCUGAUGCUGGUCGUCUCCCCCAUUGCUGACGCUAACACUCACGUUCAUGGCAGUGGGUGGCAAAGGCGGCAGGAGACCGCCCGCAUCGUAUGAUGGCGCGGGGGGCGGUGCCGUGUAGUCUUCUGGGUGGGCGGCGUGCAUGUGGUUGUCUUGGGGCUGCUGCUGCUGCUGCUGUGUGUUGGUGUUGGUGCUGGUGUUGGUGCGCGGUGAUGGGAGGGGCGGCGAGGGAUAGAGAGGCGGCGGGGGCGGGAGGUGGGUGCUGAUGGGGCGGGGCUGGAUCACCGUGCCUUGCAUGAAACCUGAUUGUUGAGUUGAUGCGACGCGAGCACACAAAUCAAGGCAGAGAGAGAUAGCAGGGCGAUGCGAUGCGAUGCGUGAGAGUGCAAGGGCGGCUCUUCCGCUCUGUGUGCGUGUGUGUGUGUGUGUGAGUACCUUCUUCGAGUCUUUCGAAGAACUUGAGCGAGAACUCGCCCACGUCCUCCUGCGUGCCCAGGGGGAUCUUCUGACCUGAGUGAGUGAGCCACACAGACAGACAGCGCACACCACACGUGUCAAUGGACACACACCAAAGUGACCCCACAGAGUGAGUGCAGUGACAGUGAAUGAGCGCACCCUUCUCAUCGACAAAGUGCGCCAGGACGCUCCCGGGGCUGACGUACUUGCGCUUGGACAGCAGCAUGUGCGCAAACAGACGGCGCAGCUCCACCACUGAUGAGCGUGUCAGUGUGUGGCAUAGCAACAGACACAUAGUGAUCACCAGACGUCUGACUGAGUCUUUAUGUGUCACACGCAUCACCUAGUGAUUGCGACGCGGUCCGCCUCUUCCUCGCGCCGCUGGUGUCCCUGACAAACACACCAACACGCGUCACAUCGUGUGUGAAGACCUCAUGAUAAUAUGCCGACAGACAGACAUUUCCCGCUCGGCUUACUUUUCGCCCUGGGGCGUUUCGACCCUCUCCGUGGCCGGGCUGGGCACGGCGUCCGCCGCACCGUCACCGCUCCCAUUGCUGUAUCAUUCAUAUGCAAACAGACAGACACAACAUCCCACAAGCAUCAUGUCCCACGAACACCCUGCCACUUACCCAGCAGUGGUCUCGGACGCCGUGGCCGCCGUGGCGGCCGUGGCGGCCUCGGCUGCACUGCUGCUGCUGCUGCUGGCCCCCGCCGCAGCCUCCCUCUCGGCCGCCUCCUGCUGCUGCCUCCUCGCCUCGGCCUCGGCGGCCAUGGCGGCCUCACGCUGGCGCCGCUUCUCGCGCGCCUCGACGAACCGCUCCUUCUCGUGGGGGGACAGCUCACUCUCCUCGCGAUAGCGCAGCACACAGUCGACGAACUCGGGGACCAGGAAGAGCGUCUGGAGAAAGGAGUUGACGUAGCACGCUGAUUGCACAGUGCACAGACAUAGAGAGAGGGAGGGAGGAUGGAGGCAGAGAUGAGGAGGUGGAGGUGAGGUGAGCUGACUGUGUUCAUUUACUGUUUCCGAUGUUUUUGAGGCCGCAAGGUUCGCCUUCUUUGCGUUCCCGCUCGUAUGGGUUGGACGUGUCGGCCACGGCCUGCGGACCAGAAUCCACCAUCGACAUCUCCACAGCUGGUCAGACCAAUCCACCCCAUCGCCACCACACACACACACACACACAUCUGCCGGGUAUGAUUGCGUGAGGAGCGUCUGUCUGCCUGCCUGCCUGCCCACCUUUUGCGAUCUCCUUGUCCUCAUCAGUCAUGGCCGGACCUGUCAGUCGAUGGACAGAGUCCGACAGACACACAGACAGACAGACAGACGAACACGCACUCGUGAGUGAUAUGGAUGCAUAUAUUGCGCUCGCUUAUCCGUGUGAAUGAAUGACCGAAUGUGUGUGUGUAUGUGUGAUGGGUUGCUGUGCUGUGCGCGAGUGAUGUGUGUGCGCCUCGUCGUGUCACGACCUACCGCUAGCCCCCACCCCGCCGCCGCCUGAGUCAGGCCCUGCCUGAGCUGGCCCGAUGGCCUGCAGAGUGGAGCCGCUGCCGCCGCCACCGCCAGCCGUCACGUCCACAUCCAUCGCCUGCUGACCUGCACCAACCAAUGCACCCCACAAACAGACAGAGAGAUAUGGUUGUGUUUGUUUACGUGUGAGAGGUGCCCUGUCUGCCACGCACCUCCGCUAUCAUUUCCCUGCUGCGUAAUCAGCGCGUUGACGGCCGCCUGGAUGUCGCCUUUGUGAUCGCGAAGCUUCUCCCUGAGGUGAAAGCAGCAAGAGGCUCAAGAGGCUCAGCAUGCCCUCUUUUGGCGUGCCGAUGCGUGUGUGUGUCUCUGAUGGCUGGCUGACCUCGCGGCCGCCUCCGGGAAGCCCAUUUCGACGAUUUGCUGCACCAGAUCAGGGGCUGGUUGCGACAUGGCCGGCAACACGUCGACACACUAUCUGAUACCGGCGCCCUCACGCAAAACCUGACAGCAAUCGAUUCAAUCGGAUGAUGGCCG